AUGAACAUUUCUCGGUCGUAUCCAGCUACCGUGGCGAGCAUCUCCUUCUCAUUCCUGUCUGCCGAGGAUAUUCGCCGAAUUUCGGUCAAGCAAAUAGUCAACCCGGUCCUGCUCGAUGACUUGAACCGACCUAAUGCAGGUGGUCUUUACGACCCUGCGCUUGGCCCAAGUGACAAGCAAGAUAUCUGUGCGACAUGCCAUCUCACGUACUUCACCUGUCCUGGUCACUACGGUCAUAUAGAGCUCCCCGCCCCCGUCUUCCACCCUCUCUUCAUGAACAAUAUGUAUCAUCUUCUCCGCGGCGCGUGUCUCUUCUGCCAUAAGUUCAAGAUCGAGAGGAAAUUCCUUUGCCGCUAUGUUGCGAAGCUCCGCCUCUUGGAACACGGCCUUCUCAUUGCCGCGCAGACUCUCGACGACGUGCAUGUUAACGUCAAGAGGUCGAAGAAGCGUCUGGAGGAGAAUGAGGAAGACGAAGAGGUGAUUGAGAGUGACCACGCAUUCGAACAGAGGAUAAAUGCCUACGUCGCUGUCCACCUUGCUGCCGCAUCAAGUAGCAAACGAGACUCCUACAAGGAUGGUCAGGUCUACCAGGCGCGCAAACAACUCAUCGAAGAAUUCCUGAAGGCGACGAUGGUGAAAAAAUGCAAAAACCCUGGCUGUGGAGCAUUUGCGUACACGUUCCGAAAAGAGGGAUAUACCAAAAUCAUCGAGUAUGACCUAUCACAAAAGCAGAAGAUGCAGCUCAAAUUCAUCGGCGUGAAGCGCCCAGACAUACUUGCUGAGCAGCAGAAAACCAAGAAAGCCACUCAGGAACGCACUGAUUAUGCCAUGGAUGUGGACUCGGACGAGUCCGAAGAGGAGCCUGCUGGCGAUGAUCUCCCCAAGUCCGCUAGUGGGAAAGUCAAGACCUCGCGUGGGCGAAACGAACGUGUGAUGCCCCCAGAGGAGUGCCGAGCACACUUGCGACGCCUUUUUGCGAACGAGCCCGUCAUCUGCUCUCUACUCUACGGACGGCACGGUCCUUUCGCGCCGCUAACGCGGCAGAAUCUAUCGCUAGCUUCCGCGGACAUGUUCUUCCUGGAUGUCCUGCCCAUCAGCCCGACACGCUUCCGGCCCCCAGCAAAGAUGGGCGACAUGCUAUUCGAGCAUCCGCAAAACGAACUCCUUGCUAGGGUCCUGACGACGUCGUACCGCUUACGGGACUUCACAGAGAACUUACGGGCGGCGUCCCAGAAGGACUCAGAGGUUGACGAAGUUGGGAAAAAGCGAAUAUUGCAAUCGCUACUGGAUGGUCUCAUUCAGCUGCAGGUCGACGUGAACAGCUUCAUUGAUAGCAGCAAGAACCCCGCGCCAGUGCGACAGGGAAAACUUCCGCCAGCUGGUGUUAAGCAAGGGCUGGAGAAGAAGGAAGGUCUGUUCCGCAAACAUAUGAUGGGCAAGCGUGUCAAUUACGCCGCGCGGUCGGUCAUCUCCCCGGACGUCAACAUUGAGCCAAACGAGAUUGGGAUCCCACCCGUCUUCGCUCGGAAGCUUACUUUUCCUGAGCCUGUUAUGCCCGCUAAUUUCCAUGAGCUACGGCAAUAUGUUAUCACCGGACCUCAUGGGUACCCGGGUGCUACAAUGGUCGAAUAUGAGGAUGGUCAUCUGCAAUUCCUUGACAAACUGAGCAUCGAACAACGGACUGCGAUCGCCAACCAGCUCCUGACACCCCAAGAAGGAUAUUCGGGCUCUACUGGUCGCGUAGGCCUCUACACGCGCGUGCCUGCAGUCAACAAGAAGGUGUACAGGCAUUUACGUGAUGGAGACCUACUCAUUUUGAACCGGCAACCGACGCUGCACAAGCCCAGUAUGAUGUGUCACAAGGCACGAGUGCUACAAGGCGAGAAGACAAUCCGAAUGCACUACGCGAACUGUAAUUCAUACAAUGACUGCUCACGGUGCACAUCAGAGAUGAAUAUACAUUUUCCUCAGAACCAAAUUGCUCGUGCGGAGGCAAUGUUCAUCGCCAACACCGAUAACCAGUACCUUGUGCCUACAUCGGGGAAGCCGCUGAGAGGAUUGAUUCAGGAUCACGUCGUAGCAGGCGUCUGGAUGACGGCGCAAGAUACAUUCUUCACGCGCGAAGAGUAUUUCCAGCUGCUCUAUGGCGCUCUACGUCCCGAGGACGAAUCCGGGCAUCACAGUGGUCGGCUCGUCACACUGCCUCCGACGGUAUGGAAGCCCAAGGCCCUGUGGACAGGAAAGCAGAUUAUUUCGACAAUCAUGAAGAACAUUACGCCCAGCAAUUUCGACGGUCUGAAUCUGCACGCUCAGGCAAAGGUGCCUGGCCACCUGUGGGGCAAGGACUCGGAAGAAGACAAGGUCGUCUUUGUCGACGGCGAGCUGCUCUCAGGAGUGUUGGACAAGUCCGCUUUUGGUGCUUCAGACUUCGGUCUUGUGCAUUCCGUCUACGAACUGUACGGCGCCGAUGUAGCCGGUAGACUCUUGGGUAUCCUCAGUCGUCUCUUUACCAAAUUCCUACAACAUCGUGCCUUCACUUGUCGGAUGGACGACUUGGCGUUGACGCCGGAAGGCAAUGCCAAACGUGCAGAUAUAUUGCAGAAAGGGGCGCAGUUGGGAACGGAGGGAGCGGUGGACAACUUCCCGUCUCUCAGCACCGUUCCUGAUGCGGAGAAGCCGGCGCAGCUCAGAUCACUCCUCGAAGACGUUCUGCGCGAUGACAGCAAGAUGGCGGGCCUGGAUAUGUCCGUCAAAGGCAAGCUGGCGAAGUUGACGAAAUCUAUCGCCGACGCAUGCAUGCCUCACGGCCUUUUACGCCAGUUCCCUCAUAACCACAUGCAGGCCAUGACCCUCUCAGGUGCCAAGGGUAGCGCUGUCAACGCGCAACAGAUCUCAUGCGCACUCGGUCAGCAGGAGUUGGAAGGACGUCGUGUCCCCGUUAUGGUGAGCGGGAAGACGCUACCGUCUUUCAAGCAAUUCGAGACCAAAGCUAUCGCUGGUGGCUAUGUGGCCAGUCGUUUCCUGACUGGCGUCAAGCCUCAAGAAUUCUUCUUCCACUGUAUGGCUGGCCGAGAGGGGCUUAUCGAUACUGCUGUCAAGACCUCGCGAUCAGGCUAUCUUCAGCGGUGCCUAAUCAAGCAUCUCGAGGGUAUCCGCAUACAUUACGACAACACCGUCCGAGGCAGCGACUCAUCCAUCUAUCAAUUCCAUUACGGCGGAGAUGCUCUUGACGUUACCAAGCAGAAACAUCUGUUGCAGUUCGAGUUCAUCGCUCGGAACGAAACCUCUCUUAUCAACCGAUACAAGCCGAGGUCAUUGCAGGGCGUGGUAUCUGAGGAAGCUGCCGACCACAUGAAGAAGGUUCUCAAGCGCAAGCGUGACCCAUCCGCACAGCCUCUGCCGACACUUUCCGUCCACAAUCCCAGUCGCUCGUUAGGUAGCACUUCUGAGAAGUUCGCGGAAAAAGUCGAAGAGUAUGUGAAGAAGAACCCUCACAACCUGAUCAAGAAGAAGGGCCAAGAAGAUGGUCAUAUCCGAAGACGUAGACACCUGAUUCACUCCAAGCACUUCAAGUUACUCAUGAAUGUCAAGUACAUGCGUAGCCUGGUAGAACCAGGGGAGGCGGUCGGUUUACUUGCUUCACAAGGUGUUGGAGAGCCGUCGACACAAAUGACAUUGAACACGUUCCAUUUCGCUGCAGGGCACGGGGCUGCGAAUGUCACUCUCGGAAUCCCGCGCUUGCGAGAGAUCGUGAUGACUGCUUCCACGAAACCCAAGACACCGUCAAUGACCAUGAAGGUCCGCCCUGAUGUCCCUGUUUCAGAUAUCGAUGCAUUCUGCAAGAAGGCUACCCGGCUUGCUCUCUCACACGUCGUGGACAAAGUUAUCGUUAAGGAACAGCUCUCUGUCAACGGCAGCGCUCGGACCAAGGACUUCACCGUCGAACUCGCGUUCUAUCCGAAGGAGCAGUAUCAAGCCGAAUACGAUGUCCAGCCAUCAGAGAUUUUAGCCGCCUUCGGGACGAGAUUCCCUCUACUGCUCAAGAAGGAGAUACAAAUGGAGCUUAAGAAGUUGGACGCCGAUCUGAAGGGUCAGAUGAGAGAACUCGGAAAGGGUAAAGCCGUUCGCGAGAACCCCGCUUCCCGCGGGCUAGGCGCUGUCGAGGAAGAAGAUAACGAGGGUGGUGGCAGUCGGACGAGAAGGAAGGAUGAUGAUGAGACUAGUGAAGUCGGCGAUGGAGACGCCACCGCCGCGAAACGCCAGCGUCAGACGAAAGAGCAGGCAACGUAUGAGGACGAUGAAGAUGACGAAGAAGAGGCGGGCUUGGGGGAGUUUGACGAUGCUGAGAUCGAGGCCGCUUAUGCUUCCGCUGGCGAGGACAGCGGGAUCGACGACGACGACGACGAGGGCGCGACGCCUGCUGACAAGUCCUUGUUCGCGGAAGUUUCCAAGGUUGAACAACUGUUCCUGGACAACAUGGCUUAUGCCACAUCAUUCUCAUUCACCGACUCCGGUUGCACUGUUGGAUUACAGUUUGGGUCUUCCAUGCCGAAGUUAUUGUUAGUGGGUAUCGUGGAGAAGACAUGUGUCAAGACCGUCGUUCGCGAGAUCCAAGGAAUUACAGACUGUUUCAAGAGCAAGGAGGACGAUCAGAACGGCAACGCAAUCUAUACUCUCAUGACCAAUGGAUCGAACAUCCCAGGGUUAUGGCAGUUUGCCUGCAGUAACGUUGACGGCAUGAUCGAUGAAGACGGCAUAUAUUCAAAUGACAUAUACGCGAUCCUCUGCUCGUACGGGGUUGAGGCGGCUCGGGCCACCAUCUUGCGGGAGAUUGGUGGCGUUUUUGCGGUCUACAAGAUUGAUGUUGACAUCCGUCACCUUGAGCUAAUCGCUGAUUACAUGACCUUUGACGGUGGAUACAAACCCUUUAAUAGGAAAGGCAUAUCGACGAAUCCAUCGCCUCUGCUCAAGGCAUCAUAUGAGACGACCGCGGCGUUCCUCUCCGAUGCCACGCUGCACGGGGAUUUCGAUGAUCUGUCGACGCCAUCUGGCAAUAUCGUGAUGGGGAGGCUGAAUCUGACAGGAACGGGUGUGUUUGAUAUAGUGAUGCCUGUCAAUUCCCCGGACGCCCAGGUAGUAGCUGGACUUACGAGAUAA